AUGUGCCAGGGAGACUGUCCGGCUGCGCGGUCUCUAGUUGCGUCUUGCAGCAAUAAACUCUUCAAUCUGGCCCAUCUUUGCACCGCCCUAGCCACCCGACAGGAGCACCACGGACAGGUGAAUCGGCCGGCCAGGACACUCGAGGGCAAGUUAGCCCAGGCGCAUCGUUGGCUCGCCAAUCCCAGGGGACCACAACGCCAGGUAGGCAUGGAGAAGGAUAUUAAAAGCAAAUAA